CCAAAUUUGAACUGGAGACACAUAUUCAACAUAUCAAUACACACAUUUUAAUUUACAAAAUUUAUGAGUAUUUAACUUUGAAUUUUUAACAAAAUAUGAGUAUUUUAACCUUAUUGAUUUACCUAUUCAGCCCUUGAUUAUAUAUAUUGAUGAAAUGAGUGAAAUUAGGGUUUCUGUUAACAGUCCCGUUUAAGGGUCGCAAAAAUGGUUUCCCUAAAACUGCAGAAGAGGCUAUCAGCAAGCGUCCUGAAAUGCGGAAGAGGAAAGGUUUGGCUUGAUCCAAAUGAAGUCAAUGAAAUCUCCAUGGCCAAUUCUCGACAAAACAUUCGGAAAUUGGUUAAGGAUGGUUUCAUUAUUAGGAAGCCAACCAAGAUUCACUCCCGUUCACGUGCUCGCAGGAUGAAGGAGGCCAAGAGGAAGGGACGCCACUCUGGAUAUGGUAAGCGCAAGGGUACAAGGGAGGCAAGGCUUCCUACCAAAAUUCUUUGGAUGAGGAGGAUGCGUGUGCUUAGACGAUUGCUCAGAAAGUACAGGGAAUCAAAGAAAAUUGACAAACACAUGUACCAUGACAUGUACAUGAAGGUGAAGGGUAAUGUUUUCAAGAACAAGAGAGUCUUGAUGGAGAGCAUUCACAAGUCGAAGGCUGAGAAGGCAAGAGAGAAGACUUUGUCUGACCAGUUUGAGGCCAAGCGUGCAAAGAACAAGGCAAGCAGGGAAAGGAAAUUUGCUAGGCGUGAGGAGCGAUUUGCUCAAGGUCCUGGUGAAAAAGUAUCAGCGCCUAGUGCUCCACCCGCUACAACUCCCCAGCCUGCCCAAGUGCCAAAGAAAUCCAAGAAGUGAGCAGCCUACCGAGAAAUUAAAAGGAAGUUGAAUAUUUGAUGACACUGGCAUAUUCCUGUAGUCUGCUACAAAUGUGUUAAGUAUUCCCUUUUUUGAUGGUUUGGACUUUGUCUUAUAUAACUAUAAACUUAUUUCUUGCAAACUUUAUUUUAUAGUACCUAUUUAUUUGUUAGUUUCCAUUUUUUCUGUUACUUUAUAUUAUACUUAACGGAAGCUCGAUAAUUACUUAAGCCAAAACAUUUGGUUUUAAAGCAGCA